CCCACCAAACCAAAACAGAUUUCCGCCUGCCGUUCCAAACUUCCACCUGGGUCGAUCACAGCCUCCCGGGUGUGCGAUCCCAAACGGCUUCCCGCGCCACUCGGUUACCCGUCAUAAACUCAAUCACUAUCCCCUCCAUUCCCAAACUCGGAGCCCCGGCUCCAAGCAAAACACUGCCGGGAACGACUCAACCCAUUGGAAACGAGCUUCUCACUGUCGCCGCCGCCGGAAUUGAAUUUCGGGUUGCUUGCAAUGGGAGAAGAUUACGCGAGCGGAGGUGAUGACUGGUCUUACGGAUACGACGAGGAAGAUUUUCUCGUCGACGACGAUGACUGCGGAUGCUCGUCGGGUCGGUCUCCGUCGGAGAGUGUGGAGCGUAGCGCCGAUACUUCUCUUCCCUAUAAGGUGAUCACGAGAGAGUCUCUCCUAACCGCGCAGAAGAAGGAUUUACAAAGAGUGAUGGAGUACUUCUCUGUCAAGGAGAAACACGCACGGACUUUACUGAUUCAUUAUAGAUGGGAUGUGGAUGUGUUGCUUGAGUACCUCGUGGAGCAUGGGAAAGAAAGACUGUACUCCAAAGCAGGGUUGAGAAACAUGGAGGGCAGUGCUGUACAGUCACCUUCCAUAAUCGAUUGCUGUAUUUGCUACGAGGAGGUGUCGGUCAACGAAGUGACUGCUAUGGAUUGUGGGCACUUCUUCUGCGACGCAUGUUGGACUCGACAUUUUGUUGUGAAGAUCCAAGAAGGGCAAGGUAGAAGAAUAAAAUGCAUGGCACCAAGAUGUGAAUGCAUAUGCGAUGAAGUGCACAUUAGGAACUUGGUGAGGUCCGCGGAUCCUAAUUUGGCGGAUAAGUUUGAGCAGUUUGUGUUGGACUCGUACAUAGAAGACAACAGAAGAGUGAAAUGGUGCCCGAGCGUGCCUCACUGUGGGAAUGCGGUUCAGGUCGAGGCUGAUGAUCUGGUUUGUGAGGUUCAGUGUGAGUGUGGUCUGCAGUUCUGUUUCAGCUGCGCUGCUGACGCACAUUCCCCUUGCUCGUGUCGAAUGUGGGAGUUAUGGACGAAGAAGAGCCAGGAUGCUACCAACAGCUGGAUCACCGUCAACACGAAACCUUGCCCCAAAUGCCACAAAGCAGUCCAGAAGGACGGUGGAUGCAAUCUAGUGAUCUGUACUUGUCAGCAGGCAUUCUGGAGUGGAUUGGUGGACUUUCUAAAAUCUCGAUGCAGUUGGCUCUGUGGUGCUGCUACUGGAAGAGAGCACUCCUGGGACAGCAUCGCCUACCACAGCUGCGGGCGAUACAAGGAAGACCACAAGAAGAAAGCGGAGACCGUCAAGAAGGAGCUCGACCGCUACAUGCACUACUACGACAGGUACAAAGCCCACCUCGACUCACUGAAGCUCGAGUCGAAGCAGGAGCAGACCGUGAUGAAGAAAGUGUCGACCUUGGAGGACAAAGAGUCGACCCUGGAUAUCUCUUGGGUGCAAAAGGCGUUCUUCAGGCUGGUCCGGUCGAGGAGGAUCCUCGCGCACUCGUACCCAUUCGCUUACUACAUGUUUGGCGGGCUGUUUAAAGACGAGAUGAGCGAAGAGAAGGAGAUGGACCUGAACAAGACAUUGUUCGAGGAUCGACAGCAGCUGCUGGAGGCGAACGUCGAGAUGCUGUCGAAGCUGCUGGAGGAGAAGUUUGAUGAGUUUCUAGUUGCUGGGGUUCUGGACUUGAGAGAUAAGGUGCAGGCUGUUGUGGUUUCUACUGAUAACCUCUGCAGAAAUCUGUACGAGUUUAUCGAGAAUGAUUUGUUUGGGCCUCUAACGAAGACAUUUGAGCGGAUAGCUCCAUAUCGGAGCAGCAGUCUUUUUAACGAUUUUAAAGGCUCUGUCGAAGUAUAGGAAUUAUAUUAGAAUGAUUUGCAUAAAGUCGGACUCUGAAGUAAAAGUUGUAAAGAAAAUUUCAUCUUUGCUUCAAUCUGAAGGAACACAUAGUUACUUACUGUUCACAUAUCGCUCAAAGUGCAUGCGGAGAAAAUGGGAUGAAGAUUAUUUGUUGAAUUGAUCGAUUCAAAUGGUUACCAUGGUUAUAACCAAACUAAAUAAGGCUA